CUCGCUCUCAAACGUUCGUUUUCGUUUCGGAGGACGAAGCUCGCGGUGGUUUGCACAGGCGAUGGCGAAACGCAGAAGCUUCUAGAAGCGACCGCAUGUCAGCGUGGGGAUCGAGCGAGGAAUGAAGUGUAAGAAGCACCCCGUCGACCUGAGCAGCGCCGUCGGCGUCUGCGCCACCUGCCUCCGGGAGCGCCUCUUCGCCCUCAUCGCCGCCCAGGCCCAAGCCGAGGCCCUGAGCCACGCCCGCCCCCGCGCCCGCCCUUGCGCAGCCGACGAUCGCCUGGAACCCGACCCGCAGCCCCCGCCGCAUCAGGCGUUCCCCCACUCCGUCUCCCCCUACAUCAGCCACCGGAAGUCCGAUGCCGCCGUGUGCGCUCGCGGCGGCGGCGGAGGCGGCCACCACCGCUUCUACAGCACUCCGCAAGUAGGGCCGGCUUACAGGUACAGCGACGCCGUGGGAGGCUUCGUCCCGAGCGAGCCGCGCAAGAAGAAGCGAGGCAAGUUCUCCUUGCUCGCCAUCCUUUUCAGCAAGUCCAGAUCGGAGAAGUUCGAUUCCGAAUUGGGUCCCCGAUUCUCUUCGGAUUCGGAUCCUGGCCACAGAGGCCAUCGGGAUUCGUGCCGGGCGACGCCGGCCUCGUCGUCGUGGUUCUCGUUCCUCCACCGCCGCGGGAAGAGCCAGCCUCGAGGAUUCUCCGCGGAAGACAGCGUCUCCGCCUUCGAAUCCCGGCGGCCUCGCCCGGUAUCGAACCGCGGGAUGUCGCCGGAGCGAGGAGAGGAGUCCGACGACGAGGACCGCGAGAACCGAUCGCCGCUAGGGAGCGGAUACGCGUCGGAGUCGUCUCGCGGGCCGCGGAGAACCCCGCCCGCCGGGCCGCCGCUUCGGGCGCGGACGGGGCUGCACUCGAGGAACGUCUCCGGGCUGAGCUUCUGCCUGAGCCCGCUGGUGAGGCCGAGCCCCGCGCGGCAGUGGAACCACCAGAAGUGCGGGUUCCAGCCGGAGACGGGGUACUCCGGCGAAAUCAGGGGCCCGGCGCACCCGCACCUGUCGACGGCGGCGUCGUACCGCGGCAACCGGUCCCGGAAGCUCGCGGACUUCGGGAGGGUCAACCCCAAGCGUUAGGACGCGUCGUCCGGCCGCGGCGUUGACGUUGACCCCUCCGACAGCGGCGGUGAUUUCUGACCCCGAGUUUCUACUGCGUUUUCAACACCGGUUGGAUUGAGAAUCUUUUACCCUUUACCCCCGUCUUGCAUAAAUGCUCAGUUUUCACACAACGGCAAUACUUGGGGAUUUGCCCUUACCUCAUGUACAGUGAUCGUUCCAUUACCGGCUUAGCUACACUGCUCCUUGGCGUGAUGAUUUCUCUAUUUUGCCCUCUUCUUUUUCUCUUGCUUCCU